AUAAUCUUACAAUCCCAAUCAAUCAAGUCUUCCUCCUUCACCCAACUCAUACGAAACUCCAUUUCUCUAACUUCCCAGAAAUUCCACACUCACUAACUCACUCACAUUACACCCCCAGAAUUCCCAACAAAAAAAGCAAAAAAUGGAUUUCUGGAAUAAAGCAAAGAGUUUCGCAGAAGAAGCAGCAAAACGAUCGCAAGAGCUAACAAAAGAAGCUGCAAAACGAUCUCAAGAACUCACUUCUACCAUCGGUGGCAGCUCUCGGAUCGCCGACAUUGUCUCUGAGACUGCAAAACGAUCCAAAGAGUUGGCUUCCGAAGCCUCGAAUCACAUCUUGAUGCGCGCUGAUCAGAUCAAGUCCCUCUCUCUCCUCGACGCUUCGACUGCGCCCAUUGAUUCGUCUCCGAAGCAGGAGGUUUCGCCUGAUGAGCUUCAGAAGUUCGGGAUUACCGAUGAAUUGAGGGAAUUUGUCAAGGAGAUUAAUAUCACCACUUUCCAGGAUUUCCCACUUCCUGAUGAUGCCUCAGUAACUGAUGUUCCCACAGUCUCAAAUGUGCGGCAAGAUCUUACAGAAUGGCAGGCAAGGCAUGCCACUCUUAUGCUGUCAACAGUUAAGGAAAUCUCAAAGCUACGGUAUGAGUUGUGCCCCCGUGCCAUGAAAGAAAGAAAGUUCUGGAGAAUUUAUUUCAUGCUUGUCAACAGCCAUAUAACUCCGUAUGAGAAAAGAUACGAUGAAGAGGUGAAGCUAAAGGCGGAAGAACAAGAGAAAGCUAAAGCAGACAAGGAAAAGGAAACUGUUGCAAGGGUUGCUGAGUCCAAAGCAGAUGGAGCGGGACCCACUCAGCCACUCAAAACAGCAACUUCAUCGGCUGAGCAAGAUUUAGACGUCUUUCUUCUGGGAGACCUCGGAGACAGUGAUGACGGAGCAGAUGUUGGAGGUGAUGAUGAUGAUGAUGGCUUUGAUGAUGACUUUGACAAGAUAGGUGACAGUUCGGAAGAUGAACGUGCCAAAGAUUCCAAAAAGUAAGCGUUACUUUGAAAUGGCGCUUAAAAGUUUGAGAGGGGAUUCCUUUCUUGGAAAAGAUGGCUACUACUUGGAUCAACAACAAAGACAGGAACUCCAAAGUUAAGCCAGAAGCAUUUUUCUGUGAAAAUCUUCUUUUGCUUACCUCCGUUACUUUUCAUUCUUACAAUAGUAGUAGUAUAAUUUUGUUUACCUUUGAUGUUUCUUAUAUUUUCGGUCCGUGUUUUCUGCGUGUAUAGGAUCUAGUUGUUCCUUGUACAAGGUUCAUUGAGCUCCACCUGUGAGGCGUCUCUUUUUUCUUUCUCGUAUUAAUAUCAGUAGGUAUAUUUCUUUGUCAAUUCUGGUCCAUAGCCACCUCUAUUCAUUCAAUUUUAUGCACUUUCUUGUGGAACUUUUGUGUACCUGUUAUUGUCUUUGUAAAUAGAAUGAGUUGUUAGGUUGGUGA